ACCACCACCCACCUGCCACCACCACCCCACCUGCAACCACCAACACCACCUCCACCUGCCACCGCAACCACCAUGAAAUCCCUUCAAAUCCGAAAACCCACCAUGAAAACCCCUCAAAUCCACCACCGUAACCACCAUGAAAACCCCUCAAUCAAAGUUAUCCUCUCAAUAUUGUUUGACUAGAAAAGCUAAUAAAUUGACAUAAGCUUUAGGCAACAACUUAAAUUUUGCAAAAAGAUUCAGCCAACAACUCAACUGUCAUGUCCAUUUUUGUGAAUUUUGAAACUUUGGAGGAAUUGUACAUUAGGAAAUCUAGGUAUGAGAGAAAUUUGCUUGAGGAAGUGGGUUUUCUUGGAGAGUUAAAGAUCUUGAUUAGAGUUGAAACGAGGUGUGGAUUUGGGGAAGAUGUUGGGGUUUGGAAAAGGGUGGUUAGUGGCGGAGAUGGCGGUGGUUAUGUUGGAGGAGGUUCACGGUGGAGGUUGGUUGUUGUUUCUUAUUGUGGAUUUGGUGGUCAACCAAGAAAUGGAGUUCAGAUCUAGAUUUGGGUUUGUUUGAAUCUAAUGAUGGUCAGUUGGUGGUGGUUGGCGAUGGGGGUAUGUGGUGGUGAUUGGCAGUGACACUUCUUUCUUCCUUUAAAAUUUGUUUCACACUCUACUUCUGUCACACACACACUGUGUGUUUUUUAAAGCAUCGAAAGGGUGGAUGAAAAGAUUAUGAACAAGAACUAGCGAUUUGCAAAUAAUUUGGUAUUGAGAACACAUAGCGCGUCUAAUCUUGAAAUCUGAAACAAUUUUCAAAUAAUUUGGUUUUUUGAUUUCAUCUUUAUUCCAUAGUUGUUAAUGCGGUCGCCUAGGCGCAAUUAAAGCGAUGGGCGGGAAAACUGCGCUUAGAGUUCCGAGGCAUUUAAUGCGCGUGGCUGUAAGUAAUUAUUAUUAUUUUUUUUAUUUUUUUUUUAAGAUUCAGCAGCCUCUAUCUAUAAGAAACCUUUCAGACUCCCAACAAAUAAUACGAAUUUACUGGAUCUCAACAAACAAACGCAUUCACUGAUCGAUUCUCAAUCAACAACUGCCAAUAAUCUUCAGUAACAUGUCUUCUCAAAAUGAGGCGGGACCGUCUGGAUACCAGAAAUCUGAUCCGGGUUGGAAGUACAACUACCUUGUUGACCCGAAAGAUAAAAAUUCUGUAACAUGCAAAUUUUGCAAGAAAGUUACAAACUGUGGGAUCUAUAGAGCUAAGACACAUCAGAUUGGAGGUAACCGUAAUGUAAGAGCUUGUAACUUGUGUCCAAAAGAAGUCCAGGAUGAGUUGAGGGCAUACAUGAAUAAGCAGAAGUUGAAGAAAACCAUUGAGGGCCUGUUUGAUGUAGGGGGUGAGGAAUUAGAAGAUGAGGAUGUACUUGAGAUACCUAGUCCUCAAAACAAGAGGAAAAAGAUCAACGUGAAGGGACCGAUGGAUUUAUAUGUGAAUAAAGGUAAAGGAAAGAAAGUUCAAACAAGCAUACAUGAUACUUGUGAUAAGGAGAUUAGAGGCAGAACAAUACAAGCUAUUGCUGCGUUUUUUUAGCAGGCCGGAAUCGCCUUCAAUGUUGCUAACAUGGACUGUUUCAAAGAGAUGAUUGUUGUUGUUGGAAGCUAUGGCUCGCAGCUUAAGCCUCCAAGCUACCAUGAGCUACGUGUUCCACUGCUAAGAAAUGAGGUACAAUCUGUGCAACAAUGGGUUGAAGGCCAUAAUUCUAAAUGGUCCAAGUUUGGGUGUUCGAUUAUUUCGUCUACUUAACGUGAUUUUCAGAGGGUGUAAUGUAACACCCCGUGUUUUCGAAUGUCAAAGUCAAAGUCAAAUUCCAAGUCA